AUGGACAUAUUCAAGACUCGCUCAGAUCAAUCCGAGCCCUCUCAGAUAAGCCAUGCGCAACUUUCUCCACCACGACGCAGAAUCAUCGUCGCUCUAACCGGCGCAACGGGAUCUAUCCUCGGAAUCAAAACAUUGAUCGCUCUCCGCCAGCUAAAUAUCGAGACUCAUCUUGUUAUUAGCAAAUGGGCUGAAGCGACGAUAAAAUACGAAACAGAUUAUACGAUUCCCAAUAUCCGAGCGCUCGCAGAUCACGUCUAUAAUAUCAACGACAUGUCUGCGCCCAUAGCAAGCGGAUCAUUCCGUGUGGAUGGAAUGCUUGUUGUGCCAUGCAGUGUAAAGACACUAGCGGCUAUCAACUCGGGAAUUUGCGACGAUUUGAUUUGUCGUGCCGCGGACGUUGUUUUAAAGGAGCGGCGCAGGUUGGUCCUGGCUGUGCGGGAGACGCCUUUAAGCUCUAUUCACCUGCAGAAUAUGCUUUCUGUGACACAGGCUGGAGGAAUCAUAUUUCCUCCCGUUCCAGCGUUUUAUGUUAAACCUUCUUCUGUGGAUGACUUGGUGGACCACAGUGUAGGGCGAAUGUUGGAUUUAUUUGAUUUGGACACGGGAGAUUUUGAACGAUGGGAAGGUUGGAAGAAGCAGUAG